CGCAAGCAGGGCGGAAGCUGACCCCGCGUGCUGGGCGGCGGGAGCUCUGGGCGGGCUUUUAAAGGGGCGGUCUCCACCCGGGCCCAUUCGCCCGCGGGGACUGCUGAUGGUGAGGGCUGGGUGGGCCUGGGAGUCGGGAUCCAGGAGGCAGAGGAGAAGCAGGUGGCCCAGCCAUGGCCAGACUACCCGCCCCAGGCUCAGUGAUUGUCCCAGACUGGCACGAGAGCGCCGAGGGCAAGGAGUACCUGGCCUGCAUCCUGCGCAAGAACCGACGGCGGGUGUUUGGGCUGCUCGAGCGACCAGUGCUGCCCCCGCCUGUGGCCAUUGACACCGCCAGCUACAAGAUCUUUGUGUCUGGGAAGAGUGGUGUGGGCAAGACAGCGCUGGUGGCCAAGCUGGCUGGCCUGGAGGUGCCCGUGGUGCACCACGAGACCACUGGCAUCCAGACCACCGUGGUAUUUUGGCCGGCCAAGCUGCAGGCCAGCGACCGUGUUGUCAUGUUCCGCUUUGAGUUCUGGGACUGCGGGGAGUCUGCGCUCAAAAAGUUUGAUCACAUGCUGCCGGCUUGCCAGGAGAAAACAGAUGCUUUCCUCUUCCUCUUCUCCUUCACUGACCGUGCCUCCUUUGAAGACCUCCCUGGACAGCUGGCCCGAGUAGCAGGCGAGGCCCCUGGUGUGGUCAGGAUGGUCAUCGGCUCCAAAUUUGACCAGUAUAUGCACACGGACGUGCCUGAGCGUGACCUCACAGCCUUCCGGCAGGCCUGGGAGCUGCCCCUCCUGCGGGUGAAGAGUGUGCCAGGGCGACGGCUGGCAGAUGGACGCACGCUGGAUGGGCGGGCUGGGCUGGCCGACAUUGCCCACAUGCUCAACGGCCUGGCAGAGCAGUUGUGGCACCAGGACCAGGUGGCAGCUGGCCUGCUUCCCAACCCCCCAGAGGACCCCCCCAGCUGAGGGGUGGUGGCAUGAUGAGUGGGCACUCCUGACCCUCAGGUGACCCAGAGCAGGACCCAGGGCCCAAGGCUGGGACAGGAAUAUUGAUCUCAUCCCGAGGACUGGCCAGAGGGUCCUAGUCAGGGAGAAUGGUGGCCUGAGAAGGCUCCCGCCCCCAGAGCACUUUCCUUGUGGAAUUCUUGGCAGUGAGGUGGGGCACAAGGCUCGGUAGGGCAGCCGUCUGAGGGCGUCUGGCUGUCCCGAAACUGAGGAACUGUAUGCGCAAGGCCUGAGGGCUCAAGCAUCUCCCCAGCCUCCCCCUGCCCUUCCCCCUUCUGCAGCAACCGUGGAGUGUGAUUGGGGAGAGGGGGUGCCUCAGCUGGGCCCUGGACCUCAAGUGACUUCAGUCAGAGCCUGUACGUGUUAGCUGAGGUAACACCAUCUGCUGUACCAGGUAAACCCUGAACUCUCAGUGGCUUAACUUAAGAAAAGUUUUUUUCUUUCUAUGUCUCACCUCAGGUGGAGGUGAAGGUGGGUGUGGAGGCUUUGCUCUAUACACUGAUUCAGAGAACCAGGCUCUGACAUCUUCAAUGAGUUUCUUCCCAGUUUGUCCUGGGGCAUCAACAUCCAGUCAGCAGACGGGAUGAGUGCGGGUGGAAGGUCCCCCAGCAGGUUUCUACUGACCUGGCCUAGGACGGUGUGCCUCAUUUCUGCCCACAUUCCAUUGGCCAGCACUUAGUCACAUGGUCACACAGAGCAGCGGGGGAAGUUGGGAAAUGUAGUCCACCUGUGUGUCAAGGAGGCAAGCACCUCACUCUGGAAUUCCUUUUUUUGACCAUGAAACUGUCAAGCUAUGCUUAGGACAGGGGCCCUGCCAGCCUGGGGGAACCAGAAAGUAUCACUGGGCAGGGACUGGGCCAGGUGGGGGGUCAGGGCGUGAGCUGGCAGGAGGCCAGCAAGGACAGGAGCAGGAAGGUGAGUGACCUUGUGCCCUUGCCCCAUCAGCCAGACACUAGUGAAUGCGGGCCACAUUUAUACUUUGUAUAAUAAAUGUAUAAUAAAUUAUACAUUUAUUUAUAAAGCCGGCCUUUAUACUUUCUUUCCCUCCCCGGUGACACCCUCUCCAGCCCCAUAGAUGGACCCCUGGGCAGAGAGCCGGCCUGAGUCUGACCCAGCUGGAAGGGCCCUGGAUGCCCAGGUCAGCCAGCUGACCCUCAGAGCCCCCUUUCGAGAAAGCAGCUCUGAACACUUCACACUCACGCGCAUGAUCAUGUGCCCACACACACCAGUACUUGCCCUAAAAUGCUGCCCUGCUUCUCCCUCCUGGCACACACAGGAGGCUCCUGCAUGUUCUCCCUGGCUUACGCUCCUUCGCUUACUGAUGGCCUGCGUGGCACUGCUUGUCAGUCUGUCCACCCUGUGCACUCACUGCCUGUAGGUUUGUCAACCUUUCCAGGGCCUAAAGCAUUGAUUUUAGCACCUUCUUACCCCCAACUCAGGUUCAGAGCUGAGACCUGAGCUUAGCCCAUGUCCCAGAGGAGGAAUGUUGCUGGGCAGGACCCAAGCCUCACAGCCUGCACAGCCCACCGGCCAACUCCUGCUCCCGGGCCACAGAGUGUCCCACUGCUGCCUUCAGCUCUGCUUUGGCCCAUUUCCCUCUGUUCUUAGCUCCAGUAGACCUUACCCACCAGGCAGAGCAAGGCAGGACCCAGCAAAGGUGGCCUCUGGGCUGGAAUGUGACCUUCCAGCUAUGGAUACCCGUGUGUGUUGUGGGCACCAGCUACCCCACGUCCCAGCCAGUUAUCUCAGGCCUUAAAGCUUCAGCAUCCUUCCUGGGCACCAGCUCAGCCAAGAGCCAGAGGUUGCUCUGGAGAAAUAACCUAGAUCCUCCCCACAGCAGAGCAGGGCACUGGUUGGCACUGGUUAGCACUGCUCCAGUCAGAGAAUCGACCCCUCACCCACUUUCACCCCAAACCAAGAGGUAAACAACUCCCUUCUCCCUGAGUAAGAACAAAGUGGGGACCACAACAGUGCUAAGACUUGGAGCCGGCCACCUGCCAUCCCAGCGCUGCUUUCUCAGCCCCUCAGAGCCCAGGCCCAGUGCCACUUUAGUAUUUCGUAGGCUACCCCCUUAGAGGCCUCCACGAAGUGCAGAGAACUGGAAGCCUGAGGGAGGAGGGAGCUGCAGAGCCAUAAUUCUCCUAAUAGCUGGUGGCUGUCCCCGCAGAGUGGACUCUGGGCAGGGUCGUGGAGCGCGAAUGAGAAGAGAAUGUGUGCACACACACACACGCACACACGCACACACACGGACUCAGGCCGGCUUUGUGGGCCUGGCACCUGAGCAGUCCACAGGGCUCUGCACUGGGGGGCCCACACCUGGUUUAAUGCUCUGCUGUUGCCAUCUUGAAAUCCUUAAUAAUUUUUCAAUAGUUUUCCACUGGACACCACCAAUCACGUGGUAGGUCCUGCACAGGAGAGGGUCCAGACUCCAGAUAAAGUUCCUCUCUCAGGGUCUUGGAGACAGAGGCCAUUCUGUGGCAUGUCCGGAGGCCACCGGAAGUCGGGGAGUUGGUUUCUCCCCAUUUUGGUGCCAGAAAUUCCACCAUUAGGUUAAGCCUCACAACAGCUCAAAGGCAAAUACCCUGCUGCUCCCUCUGUAGGCCCUGGGGCUACCUGGAGGGAAGGGGUAGUGACUAUGCCCCCAGGCUGGGUCAGGGGUGAGCCCUGACUUAGAGGGGAUCCUUGGGAAGAGGGUAGCCAUGUUUGCUCCUCCGGGCCCUGGAGCCCACAGACUUCAGGGCUCUAGAGGGAAGCUGGUGGGAGGAGGGACUAGCUUCUCCAGGGGUGGGGGUGUGUAUGUGCUGCAGCCCAGCCCUGGUGCUGUUUGUCAGGACAUCCCAGACCCCUCUUCUUCCCUCCCCAAGCCCCUUUCCUACAGAGGGGGAGUGCUAUGGACCGAACGGUUGUGUCCUCCCCAGAUGGGUACACUGAAAUCCUAGUCUGCAGUGUGAUGGUAUUAGGGGCCUUUGGGAGUGGAUUCGGUCAUGGGGACAGAGCCCUCAUGAAUGGGAUUAGUGCUCUAAUAAGAGAGAUCCCACAGAGCUCCCUAGCCCCUUCCACCAUCUGAGGAUACAGAGAAAAAGGGCUGGCUGUGAACAAGGAAGAGGGCCCUCUCCAGAACUGGACAGUGGUGACGACUUGAUCUUGGACUCCCAGCCUCCA